GUUUUCUGUCGACGGAGGAUUCUGUGAUGCCGGGGAACUUCGGACUAAAGGAUCAGACCCUCGCUCUCCGCUGGGUGCAGAGGAACAUUCAUCACUUCGCAGGCGACCCGGAUCGUGUGACGCUUUUCGGCGAGAGUGCAGGUGGCGCCUCUGUCCACUAUCACCUGUUGUCUCCACACUCCCAAGAUUUGUAUGCACGAGCCAUCAUGAUGUCAGGCACAUUGUUUAGCCCCUGGGCCAUGGGUGGUGCCUUCAGGGACGUGGCACUGCACACGGCCAGGCUAUUUGAGUGUCCAGAGCCCAGGGAGCAUCAUGCGGCACAGGAGGUCAGCCAGGAUUUGAUGCGCUGUCUUCAGGGCGUUGACGUGAAAAACUUGACCCUUUCCUUAAUGGAUCACGUGUCCUUCAACUUCAACCCGAUUUUAAUGGGACCGCGUGUGGACGGGGAUGCGCUGCCCGCCGAGCCCGAGGUGUUAAUGGUUGAAGGGAGAUACAAAGUCACUGACGUCACCUCAGGGAUCACAGCUCACGAGGGCGGACUUGCGAUGCCUCUGUUCAGCAGUGAGAGAAUGAUGUCUGACCUUGUAAAUAAAUUUACUGAAAUAGGACCAGCGUCCUUAGACCUUUGUACGGGCGAUGCAGCGCCUAUACAAUUAUCUCAGAAGAUAUUCGACCACUACCUUGGUGGCGUGAAGGUGAAAAAGACGGAUGCUGAUAAGAUAUGCCAACUGUUUGGUGACCGUCACUUUAACGUAGGUCACGAUCUGAUGUCGAUCCUCUACGCCAGAAACGCGUCGGCCAGCAGGAUAUUCCUUUACUCACUCGAUCAUCGCGGUCAGAGAUCCUUUGGCCAGUUUUUCGACACAGACGUUGGUUCGACAUGGGUAAAUCAUGUUAACGACCUGUUCUACUUUUUUACCAGAGGACAAACCAAAUGGAAGCCUCUUGAGAGGGACGAGGAUUUGAGACUGAGAGACAUUAUGAUGAAACUUUGGGUGAACUUCACUGCAUUGGGGAAUCCCACACCUGAUGAGUCUCUUGGAUUCAUCUGGCGACCUGCCACUGCUGAUGAAUUACAACACCUGUCCCUCACACCUACACCUGCAAUGAAGGGCGACACCAGGAGGGAGAUCAUUGUUCGCCACAGUAAAGAUCAGUGGCUUCACCCGAGUCAAAUCAGCCACUACAUAAAAAUUAGAAAAUACAUAGAUUCAUGGCAAAGCAUGAAAAAAACUGGCAUAUGGAAAUCUGCUUGGAAUUUUAUGGUUGAAGGUAGCUGUUACAGUCAAGUAUGCAGCAUAUGAAAUUGUAUGACAGGUGGUUUCACAUAGUUAAGAGUGUCAUAAUGACCUUGACCUCAGGAUGGAAAGAUGCUGGAGAGAAAAAGAUCCAACACCUGCAUUCAGCUUAUUCCAGUGGAUUGUUUGAUUAUAUAUCAGUAACAACACAUUGGAUAUAGAUAAAUGCAUUGAUCUGAAGUUCCCUUUCACUGGUGGUAAAACAGUGUGAUCAGCAAACAAGCUUGCGACCACUGCCUAACCCACUCUAUUCUCUUAAGCCUUGCACUAACAUUUCCAACUCUGCAUUAAUCUCUCUCAUGCAUCCAUACAAUAAAAUACUGAAUCACCAUGGAAUCAUCAAACUUCCCUACCUCAUUCGUCACUCCUCUCCUGCUCCUGUAACAAAACUCUCACCAAGCUUUCUCUCCACCCUCACACAGACACUUGCUGUCAUAUAAAAUGCCAAUGACUAUCCUACAACUUAGAUUUUGAAAACAUUCUAGAGCUUCUCUCUCAAUUCUAUUAUACACUUUUUUUUUUUUAGAUCUAUGAAGGCUGCAUGCAAUGUCUUGCCUUUUCCUAAAUACUCUUCUUUUAAGAUUUUAGUUGAAUAGGUCUUAUCUGUACUGCCUUUUCCUCUCUUAAAUCCUCCUCCUUCCUCACAAAUCUACGACCAAUGCUACAGUGAACAUAGAAACACACCCAUGUAUUGUCCCCUUCCUCCUUCAUAAACCUUUGUGUAAGGAAAGUAGGUCUGCAGGCUUGUGUUAAAAACCUCUGCACCAGGAUCCAUGAAUUGAGAUGCAUAAAUUUAAAACUGCCUCUCAAAUUAGCAUAUGUUUGAAUUUUUCAACCCAGUGUUUUUGUUAAUUUCUCAUGGAUUUCACAAUGUAUAGAAAACAUACAGGUACCAAAACAAUAGUAAAUCAUAGAUCUUUACAAAGCUUGGCACAGCAAUAAGGAAAUAUGUAAAUUGAAAGGACUGAAGGUCAGAACAGUGCAAGAUUUAAGGCUGACGGAGAGAAAGAAUUUCUGCUUCCUUGGAAACAGCCUGGGAGGCCUAGAAAAGUGUCCAGCAGAACCAUGAGUGUGAUAAGGCAAGAACUUGAAGCCAAUCCCAAAUCAGCAACAAAGGAACUGGCAGAGAGAAACCAUUCUCUCUGUCACUAUGUACAGUGCAAGAUACUGUGAGGUGUUACCUUCAAUUAAAAUACUAUCAUGCAUGGAAGAACCCUCUGAUAAAUGAGCACCGGAGAAAAAUUAGGCUUCUUUUUCACUAAGAAGUACAAAGACUGUUGUCUCGAAAAGUGGCAGACUGUACUUUGGAGUGAUGAAAGCACAUCCUGUGUAAGUGGUGGAGACACAGCAAAAAAGUAUACCAUCGCCCUGGCUCUGACCCUAAAGAGCCAUGCUUCACAUGCAGGGCUACAAAGCAUCCUCCCAGUCUCAUGGUGUGGGGUUACUUUUCCUUUUGUGGUUUUAAGAGCCUGAAUGUGUUUCCAAGGAACACAACUGUUAACAAACAGGUGUAUUUUGAACUACAAAGCAUACCUUCUCAAAAACAGGCCUGGAGGCCUGUUUUGAGAAGGUAUGCACUCAUCUUCCAGCAGGAUGGAACAUCAUGCCACACAGCCCAUGACCCGACUCACUGGCUUGAUGACAUUGGCACUGAGAGGAUAAAGAACUGGCCAAGUAAUUCCCCCAAUAUCUCUUCUAUUGAAAAUCUCUGGGCCAUCAUUAAAGGCAAAUUACAUUCACAAGACACCUUCACAUUCCCCAGACUUGAAAUGAAGAUACAAAGAUGUUGAGAGGAAUUUAAGUCUGAGACACUGCAAAAUUUUCCUGAUAGUGUACCAUGUCAUCUUAAGAUGGUCAUCAAGAGGAGGGGCUAUGCAAUAAAAUACUAAGAAACUUAUGUAAGUAUUCAUAUUAUUGUUUAAACAACAAGUCACUGAAGGCAUGCAUAGAUUUUUGCAUCAAGUAUAUGAAUAGAGGUGGUUUGUUACUUUUGUAUGUAAAAAGACUGAGUUGUGUGUUAUAAAGAUGAGAAUAAAGGAGAAUAAA